AUGGAAAAAUUUCUACCACUUUUCCUUCUCUGCUUCUUAAUAUUUCUUCAACAUGUUUAUGGUCAAGGAGAUACAAUAACUACAACUCAAUUCAUUAAAGAUGGUGAAUUUAUUGUUUCCUCUGAUGGAGUAUUCGAGUUAGGAUUCUUUAGUCCUGGAGAAACUUCUACAAAUCGGUAUGUUGGUAUAUGGUACAAAGAAAUCUCUGUUAUUACUCCAGUUUGGGUUGCUAAUAGACUAGCUCCACUUACAAAUAAAACUGGGGUCUUGAAAGUCAUUCAAUCAGGUCUAGUUGUUCUUCAUAAUGAUACAAAUGCAACUGUUUGGUCGACAAAUUCAACAAGAUCUGUUAAAAAUCCCGUUGCUCAGUUACUAAACACGGGGAAUUUUGUGGUGAGAGAUGCUAACAACCCGAAUCCCGAGAAUUUUCUGUGGCAGAGCUUUGAUUAUCCUAGUGAUACUUUAAUUGCAAUACUAGAGAUUGUGAGUGGAAAGAAGAAUAGACGAUUUGUUCAUCCAGACCACCACCUCAACCUUCUUGGACAUGCAUGGAUACUACAUAAAGAUGGAAGACCAUUGGAACUAGUUGAUCCAAGUCUGGUAGACUCAUGUUGUAUAUCAGAAGUAGUAAGAUCAAUUCAUGUGGGAUUGUUAUGUGUUCAACAAAAUCCAGAGGACAGGCCAAGUAUGUCUACUGUGAUUAAUAUGCUGACCAAUGAUGGGGUUUUGCCACCACCUAAACAUCCUGGAUUCUUCACUCAAAGGAAAAUUGGAGAUGUUGAUAAAUUUACUUGGAGUACACAAACACCAAGUUCUAUAAACGAAGUUACCAUCACAUUGUUGGAUGCUCGAUAG